AUUUUACACAACACUGUCCCUUUAAAUCCAGUGUUUUUCCUUUGUUAUGCAUGUGUCUCCAAAUAUCUACGCUGUUCCUGAGCACCAUGUGUAUGAGGAAGCUGGAGGAGUCCAGAUCAGGGAAAAUGAUCAUUUCUCUAGAAUCAGAUUCUAGAGCAAUGAUCUCGUCUAGUUACAGAUAAUUCAUUCUGUUUACUUCAGACUGAUCAGUGACCCCUGACCCCUAGCUUAACCCAGCAUCUCUGAACACAGCAACAGAAGCCUUCAUUCAGCCCUGCUGGAGGUUAGCAGUGUAACCAUGUGCUGCCUGCUGCCCCCCAUCUCUUCAUUGUUGCUUCUGUAAAUAUUAGUUAAUAAAACUCAGCCAUGCCUCCCCCCACCCCCUGCUUUAACUCCUGCCGUUGCUGCCUGAUCUCAGUUAUUCUUUGGAAUGCUGGGAACGCCAAAUGAACUUCCCAGUCGCUCGGACAUUACUGGAUAUUUCGCUGUAAUUAAGAAGAAGAGGUUCAGGAAGGAUGAAUAGCUCCUGCGUCGGCUGUCUGAAAGGUCUGGUGGUGUCUCUCCACUUCCUCUGCUGGCUGUGUGGAGCCUUCGUGGUGGCCUUCGGGGAAUUCCAGAUGAUGCACUCCAGGUUCGCCUCUCUGGUCACCACCUUCUGGCCCAUCUACCCUGCCAACACGCUUGUAGUGACCGGUACCAUCGUCACCUGCGUUUGUUACCUGGGAGUACUGGGAGGCUUGAAGGAGAACCGCUGCAUGCUCACCACUUUUUAUGUUCUGCUGUUCAUCCUGAUGCUGGUGGAGCUGGCCAUGGCCUGUGUGUUCUUCGUCUACAACAGAGAGAUCGACACAUACUUUGAGAAGGACCUGACCCACAGCUUGGAGGUCUACAUGGAGUCUGGCCCAGAGGGGAACAAAACCAUUAAGGAGGAUUUUGAUUCCGUCCAAUACCUGUUUAAGUGCUGUGGAGUUCACGGCCCAGAUGACUGGAAGGGGAAAGCUCCGCUGUCCUGCUGCACCACGGAUCCCUGCAACAUCGCUGACCAGCCCAACUGGCAGGAGGGCUGCCUGGUGAAACUCAGGAACUGGUUUGCUUCAAACUACCUCAGCACUGCGUCAGGAGUGGUCACCAUGUUCAUUAUUCAGUUCGUGUGCCUGAGCGUCACCGUCCCUCUGUUCUGCCACUUCAGGCGAAGAGGACUUGGUUACAAGUGAGAAAACGCUCCAUGGACCAACUUAGAAAAUCGUUCACGCCAACAAUGUCAUCUGGAUCCUAUGAAAGUGUUGCCUGUCACCCAGAAAGAUAACACAUGGGAGGGAUGGUAGUGUAGUUCUAAUUAUUGAUUUUGAGUUUCCAGCAUGGUCCAUACUCCACAUUUCAUCACUUUGCUGAUUUAAAAAGCUCCUCUGAAAUGUAGCAGCUCUUAAUGCUGAAGCACAAAAUCAUAUUCAUGCCCACAGGUUUCAACCGAGACUUUGCUAGGGUGACUGUGAAUCUAAGAAUUUCUAAUCAGUUCUCACAAAGCUUUUACUUGGUAUUGAGCUUUUCAGAGGCCACAGGAAAAUCCUGAUAAGAGUCAACAUGAUUCUUAUCAUGUUUAAUAAUGAUAAGUAUCAUUAUUAAACAUGAUUCUCAUUAUGUUUAACUCAUUAUUGGCUCCUUCAGCUGAUCUUCUGUGUAUUAGUUUGGCUGCUCCUGCUCCUGAUUCCUAAACAAAUCUGAGAAUGGGAAGUUCAAAGGUCACAUGAGUCUAUUAAACUGUGUUCAGUCUGAAAGUGCUUUUCAUGGACUGUAAUGUGUCAAAUGUUGUGUUUUUUCUAAAUUGUUUAAAACAUUAUUACAAAAAUAUUAAAAGUUAGAUUAAUGGCAUGACUGUUAGAAAUGUCAUCUUUGAAUUUCAGUGCAUCUUUCUGUCAACCUAAAAGGUUCAGAUUGUUUUACAGUUUUUCUCGAUUGCUUACAGACCUUUUCUGGAAAUUUUAACACAAGUCAAAAGCAUAACCCUACGAUUCUGCAAAUUGAAACUUUACAUUCAAAACAAUCGUAUUUCUUCUCAAAAUUGUAUUUUGUUUUCAGAUGACACACACAAACCAUCAUAUGAAUACACAUUUCUAAGAACCAGAUGAACAGCAGCAUAAUUGGUUCAGGAUUGGUGCAUGAGUUACAUAAUGUCUCAAAUACCAGUGUUUGUGUGGAAACUAUCGAGAAAAACUGAGUGAGGCUCUAUGCAGUUGUUAUCAUUAAUAGUUUUCUUACCUGUAGUAGACAGGGAGUCACUGCGAGUUAAUAAAAAAACCAAGAACUCUUCAGAGUGGUGGAAUGCUAACUGCUAGCCAGUAGGCCAACAGCUUUCAUAGCUAAAGGUUCAUGUUGCUGUCAGGUUAAGCUGGUCGAUGCUGCAGUAAAACCUGCAGUCAGUUCUAAAUCUGCUAAUAUCAGCUUGCAGACUCAGUAAAAGUAUUUCCACAUGAAGAGACUGAAGUUUUUGAGUGACAAUUUUAACAACUGUCUCUCGUGAAAGUGGAAACAUUUCAUGUCUGUUAGAGUUUUAUCCCAACACUCAUUUAACUUCAGCUAAUAGCAGAAGCUAUCUGGCUAGCAGUUAGCCUUCUAUCACUGAUGUUUGUCUACUACAUAUAUCUGAACCAUGUCUUUAAAACAUUAUAUUUACCUCUAAGUAGUCUUAGAAAAACUCAUAUUUUUGUCAUUACUGCAUGUAUGUUUUGCUGAUUUAAUUUGAUUUUGUGCAUCAAAAUGAACAGCUUCAUUCGACAGACUGUAAAACAGGAGUUCAGCUGGUAGUUUACCAGGGAGCUAAAUGGACUAUGUGCUUUGAAAUGUGGCUUGUUUUGUGUGACUGACAUUAUUUUUAGAUUGUUAGUUAUGUAGAUAAUCAGCAGAGGAAACCUGGCCUUGUCGGGUCUGAGCAGCUUCUGCUGAACCGGAUCACAGACAGACACUCAGGCCGUCUGGUGACUGUCUGCCAGCAUCAGCUGUUCAGUCAGGUAAUAUUUUAACAAACAUGGGAAAAAAAUACUUUAGUAGUUUUAAAGAAUGUUUUGUUCAUGGAACCCGUAUGAUUUUGGGACUCUUGUUUGUGUGAACAACAUGAUUAGCUAACAGCCUGUCGGUGACGGUGAACCCAUAUGGGGCCCGACGGCAGCAUGUGAUAAAAAGUCCUUCAUUAUGUGCAUGAGGCGUGACCAAAAUAAAUAAACAAGUAAAAGUCUCUCACUGAUUUCUUGUUUGAUGUCAGUUGGUUCGGUAUCAUGGUUCUUCUAACUGACACAAUAUUCUUGAUUUGUCUUCAGGUAAAGAACCUUUUUUAUAGGAAAUAAAUUGUUGAAACCUGCAGACGUCUAAAGCUCUUCAAUAAAGAUGGACAAACAAGACGCAUGCAGACAGAGGUGGACAAAAAAUGAUGUA